CCCGCGCAGAGCACGGCGCUCGCGGCCGUGCGAAACUCCACAUGAGCCUGUUGCCACAGUUAUUGAUCCUGGCGCGAUUAAACAACACCGCAUUGCCGUCAACUACGAAAACAAGCCUCGCCACGUCUCGGCCGCGCUCGCUCGGCGUUCCGCGUACGGCGUAAAAAAAGCGUCGGGGCGCUCCGUGAGGAUCGGCGGCGGCGCCAGGGACGACCGGAACCUCCCCGUGGUCGACGAUUCCACGAUCCGAAGCAGCGGACUGCAGCUGGUGGUGGUGCGCGGACGCUUCUCUCUCGAGCGGAGGGCACAGACGGCCGCCCGCGGGUCCCGUCCGCGGCACGGCACGGCACGGCACGGCACGGCGCGGCACGGCGCGGCGCGGUGCGGUGCGGCGCGACGCGACGCGGCGCGACUUCACCGACACGUCCGCUGACACGUACUGUCAAAAUGUAGAGAGGAUCGACGACGGCGACAGCGAGCACCAACGGCGGCGGCAGCAGCAGCAACAGCAGCAACAGCAGUAGGGUAUUUCAACGUCGAGAAUCGAUCGCGCGCGGAGUAGAGCGAACCAUGUCAUUGGAUUUCCGCGAAUGAGCUCAAGCCGAGAGAGAGGAGCGCGAUCUUGGAAUCCCCGGCCCCGUGAUUUCGUAGAAAUCCCCCGACGACGGGGGACGACGAACGGCGGCUCUGCACGUGUGAUCCCUCCUCCCGAGUGGCCGACCCCAUUUGGCAGACGACGCGAUGAAGAAGUUCACGAUCAAGGGUGUACUCGACGGGUUCCGCUCGUCGGUCCCGCAGCCCGCCAAGCCCGACCAGGAGAUCGUCGAAAAUCUCAGGCCGGAGCACUUUCAAGUUAAGAAGACAUUCAGACAUGGCUUCCCGCAUCAGCCGACAGCGUUGGCAUUCGACCCAGUUCAAAGGCUCCUAGCUAUUGGCACUAAAUCAGGAUCUCUCAGGAUUUUGGGUAGACCGGGCGUGGAUGUACAUGUUAAACACGAAGAAUGUGUGGCCGUGCUGCGAUUGCAGUUCCUGAUCAACGAAGGAGCGUUGGUGUCCGCUACGGAGGACGACACCUUGCAUUUAUGGAACUUCCGUCAGAAGAUACCGCAGGUGGUACAUAGCCUCAAGUUUCAGAGAGACAGAAUCACUUGCAUUCAUUUGCCGCUACAAAGUAAAUGGUUGUACAUCGGAACCGAUCGAGGAAACAUUCACAUACUGCACAUUGAAACGUUCGUUCUAUCCGGAUAUGUAAUUAAUUGGAACAAGGCUAUCGAAGUAUCUAGAAAGACUCACCCUGGUGCUGUAGUACACUUGAGUGAUAAUCCUUUAGAUUUGAGCAAGAUGCUCAUAGGAUUUUCGUCAGGGCAAAUUGUUCUGUGGGAUUUAAAGACCAAGAUUGCUGACUAUAGAUGUCAAACAGAUGAUGUAUUAACAUCGAUAACAUGGCACCAUGAAGGUAAACAAUUUAUGUGCAGUCAUUCGGACGGCUCCCUUUCGACUUGGACUGUUCGGCAAUUAAAACCAAGUAGUGUAACAUUUCCACAUGCAAAAUUCACUAAAGACGGAGAACCUGAACGUUGCAAAGCUAUUCAGAAAGUAGAAUGGAAAUUAUCGAGAUCGGGAGAAGCAUAUGUGAUAUUCUCUGGUGGAUUAGCACAGGACACCACUGGGAGAACACCCAGCAUUACGGUGAUACAUGGAAAAACUACUACGGUGCUCGAAAUGGAACAUAAUGUUGUAGACUUUAUAACGCUGUGUGAUAGUCCAUGGGCUAGUGAUUUUCAAGAUCCUUAUGCUGUUGUUGUUUUACUACAAAAUGACCUGGUUGUGAUAGAUUUGUUAACUACUGGAUUCCCUUGUUUCGAGAAUCCAUACCCUAUGGAUAUUCAUGAGUCUCCUGUGACAUGUUGUGCAUAUUUCGCGGAUUGCCCUUCGGAUCUAGUACCCGCAUUUUAUUCCGUUGGAUCUAAGUCGCAGAAGAAGACCGGUUUUAGUGAGAAAGAAUGGCCUAUUUCUGGUGGCGAAUGGAGUUCCAGUUCUAGCAGUUAUAACGAGAUUAUUCUUACCGGGCAUGCCGAUGGAAGUAUAAAGUUUUGGGAUGCUUCAGCGGGAACAUUACAAGUUCUUUACAAACUAAAAACGGCAAAACUUUUCGAAAAAACUAGAACGCGUAGUAUAGAUGUUGAGGAAGAUCCGUUAGCGAUUCAACUUAUCUUCCUUUGUCCUGAAAGUCGGAAAUUAGCUAUUGCAGGAAGUGGCAAGCAUGUCGUGUUGUUUAAAUUUAAGAAGGUUGAAAGUAUGUCUGAAGUAGUGACUUUAGAAAUAUGCUUAUCGGUGGAUUCAGUAAGAGAGGCGGACAAUUCACCUGAUCGUGAAUCCCCAGCAACGGGAAACAUCGGAAACGUGGAACCGAAGACCAUAGAAUUCAAUCAUCCGCUCAAAGUCAAGACGGGUUUGCAGAAAAGGCCAGCCGGUUUUCAAGCGACAUUGAUUUGUUUGACAACGGCACCUCCUGGAGAACAACCUGAAAAUAUAACGUCCCUCAGUUUAAAUUCCUCUUACGGCCUAUUGGCCUACGGAAAUGAAUCGGGGUUAGUGAUAGUGGACAUCGUGCAGAAAAUCUCCUUAAUUGUAUUGAACACUAGUGAUCUUGGAAGUGGCGAUCCUUAUCAACGCGUCUUACGAAGUCCGAAACGACAGGACGAAUUAAAACGGGAAAAUGAAGACAAGGCAAGGAGUCCAAGUACAGAUCAGCUAACUACUAUGUGUCUACCAUUGAAGCAAAGCCAGCGAGAAGCUACGAUGGAAUCAGAGCCAGUAGUUACAAGGAUAGCGGAUUCGAUCCAACAAGCACAGCAACAACAACAGUGUCCUCGCAAUGAGAGUCAGACUGGAAACAGUAGUGAUAAAUUGACCACGGAGGAAACUACGAACGAAUCCAAUAAAGCGGGUAACAUUCCUAACGACGACGAGUGUCAGAAAAGCCAAGGUUGGAAGGGAUUUAGUCUCAAGAGACAACUAAGCAAGGUUGAUUUGAAGAUCAAAAAUACUUUUACACCGUCCUCGGUGUCUUCUCAGAAUGGGAGCUCGUCAUCGGGGCUCAUGCAAGUACCCCAAUGCCAGCAGAUAGGCAGCGAUACUGGCAGUCAAAAGUCUUCCACAUUUUACUGUAAUGUCAACGAAGCGGCCAGCACGAGUCGUUCACUGUCGCCGGUCGAAAGUGUUGAUUCUGAGUCCUCGUUGUCACCGGAGAACCAGUCUUCGGGACACGAGAGUCCUCUGACCGAUGACAAGAAGCGAGAGAUCCAAGAGGCUAGAAGCCCAACGGAGAUCGAAAACGAGAAAACGAUAAUGAGCAAUGACAAUAUCGACGGGAAAACCGAGGCAAUAAGACCGAUGAAUCUGUCUUUGCCCGAACACGAGCUAAAACCGCCGAGACUGAGGUAUAUCGCCAAGAUUAAACAAGCAAAGAGAGAGGGCCGUUUGCUCUCGGUGCCGAAUCUAAAAUUUUCCAAGAACGAGCCGACCGUUUGUGACCUAAGAUGUGAUGAGAGCGCUACCUCCGAAUCAUUCACCGGCAAUCUUAUAAGAAGAUUCAGUCGAAUAGAUAAAUUCGACGGCUCCUUCCAACGAUCAAGAAGCUCGAGUAUGUCGUCCCUCGAAAACAUCACUACAGAAACCAUAAGCUGCCUUACAUUUGCGGAUUCUUAUACGAAAAAAAAUGAUACAAUUGGCAUGCCGACGUUAUGGAUUGGCACGUCUCUGGGAUCUGUACAGACUGUUGUAUUCAAUACGCCUGCCCACAGCGAACGUCAUGCUCACCCAGUGGUUGUGUCUACCUGUAAUGGAUCUACUUUCAAACUCAAGGGUUGUAUUCAAUCGAUGUCGUUCUUAGAUUGCAACGGCGCUUUGAUCCCGUAUUCAUACGAGUCCUGGAAAGACGAGAGUACGGAUGGCAAAGAGCGAAACAAGAGUCAAGGAAAAUGUACAAAUAGCAGAAUGUCACCGUCGACGAACACGCAAGUCGGCGGGGACAACUUCGAGGACAGACAAUUUGUCGUGCUUGCGUCAGAGAAGCAAGCAAGAGUUGUGGCGUUACCCUCCCAAAACUGUGUAUAUAGGCAACAGCUGGCGGAGACUCAUAUCGUAAUUAAAGCAGAAGUUACAACACUCAAAGAUAAUGUCUGUCUGGUAUGUUACGUUUCGAAUGGUCACAUCACAACGUACAGUCUGCCCAGCUUGAGGCCGCUGAUAGACGUCGAUUUUGUACCUCUUGUAGAUUUGAGGAUCGCAAAGACGCUUUGCUUCAGCAAUCGAGGUCAUGGCUUAUAUCUCUCGUCACCGAUGGAAAUACAGAAGUUCUCGGUUUCGAGUGAAUUCUGCGGUGAAUUGACGGAGAUGAUGGGUGAUCUGUUUAUUGGCCACGAUAUGCCAGAACCGCCUAAAGAGAGUUUCUUCAAAGGUUUAUUCGGUGGUGGUUCGAGAAGUCUCGAUCGAGAAGAGUUGUUCGGCGAAUCUAGCGGCCGUGCGUCGCGCACAGUGGCGAAACAUAUUCCAGGACCAAACGAGGCUCUACGAGAGCGAGUUGCUAGCGCGACGGGUGAGGUAAAUAUGGCACAUCAAAUGGUUGUGGAGCGCGGCGAGAAGCUGUCACAGCUCGAAGACCGGACCGCGCGCAUGAUGUCGGAGGCCGAGACCUUUUCACAAAGCGCUCACGGACUGAUGCUCAAGUACAAAGACAAGAAAUGGUACCAGCUAUGAGGACGCCACUCGGCCCGAGUCCGAUGGGACGACGCACUUUUCUUUGGUUAUUUAGCGUUUGUGUUUCGUCUAUGAGUUUUGUCGUAUUGAGAAACUAAAAGUUAAGCUAUACGAUCCUCACACACGCACACAUGGGAAACAUCUACACGAGGGGAGAGAGUAAUGCGGAUAUAUGUAUAUGCGAUCACCUGUGCGACGCACACGGUACACACGCACAUGCUGUAAACGCGAUAAACGCGAUAAACGCGAAACAAAAAACAUAUUUCAAAGUGGAUAAGUAUAGCGAUGAUCUCUCAAAUGUAUAAAUCUUUGCGUAUGGAUGAAUAAAAGAGGAAUGUAGAAGCGAGGUAGAGGCCGCGGCUACGCCGUGAUGUAUUUGCGCGGAUGUGACAUGUACGUGUAAUUAUUUAAAAUAUAAAGUACUUAUAUACGCAAAGAUGUGAGAAAUAUACGCGAGUCAAUAUAAGCAAUUAUGUAAUAAUUCGCCUUUUAACCGGUGGCACUCGUUAAUUCAUUCGGACGUCCUGUGAACGUGUUUAAUGGCGCCUUGCCUUGUUUGCUUCUCAGCAAAGAAUUGCCAAUAAGUAUUUGCGAACGUAUAUCACAUUGUUGCAGAGUUUAAGCACUUUUGAAUAGGUGGAUUUGAGUGAAACAUUAAGAAUCGCAUUAGUUAUACAAAUCGACUAAAAGUAGUACUUAAACAUAUUACAUGAGUUCUCCUCUAUAUUAGAUUAAUAUUACAUAUGUGUUAUAUAAGAGAGAGAAUAUAUAUUAUUGGAAUUGGAACGAAAUACACGUGGCUACUCACAUAUAAUUAAAUGUCAUUGAAAUUUGCAGUAGUAUUUGUAAAACACAUUUUAGAGAAGAGUCAUUGUCGACUAAUGAUUCUUAUUCCGUGAUGUAAAUUUUAUAAUUGUACAUUGUAAACUGACUUGUAUUUAUCGUUAUACACGAUCUCGUAGACACUUUCGUAAAUAUGCGUUAAGGGAUAGAACGAAUGACAAAUGCGAUUCUUAAGAUUUCUAAGUCUAUCGAAGAUUACACAGGUGCAAAUGAGAAAUUUGUUAGGCUUGACAGAGAGAUGAUUUUUGUGACAUUUUAUGAAAGUUAUGAACGCAGGCAAGACGGCACAGUGACACUAUUUCCGAAUGUAUUGACAAUAAACAAUGUAGUUAAUUACUCGGUGAGAGAAAGAGUAUUGGAUAAAAGUUGAAUGGAAUGAAAUAUAUUUUAUCCAGAAUGGCGGGUGUUGCGCAGGCCGCAGAAAGCUGCUAUACUCGCCACGCUGAUAAGAAUGUAUUAGUUGUUAUCGAUUGUAGUUAUCGCGCUAGACGUGCUAUGUAUAUAUAAAGAGAUGAAUACAAGUAGAACAGAGAUUUCGCGUUAUAAAGCUGUUUAUAUAACAAUGUAUUAUGAGUUACGCUAUUUCGAUGCCGACGAUAAGUUCAACUGGAUUUAUGACACACAUCUAACCGACGUGACAUAAAGUAACUAUUGUAAUUUUAACACAACACCUAGUUUAGAUUAAUUAAAGACAAUAUAUAAGAUAUAUAAAGUAUACAUAUACAAAUAACCAUGUAUAUGCGUAUAUGUACACAAAAAUGUAUAUACAUAUACACAUAUAUAUUUGGUCAUAUGUGUAUGUUAUGUUUAUAUAUACAUAUAUAUGUAUGCGAUAAGUUCGUUUGAAUUUAUCGGGGCUCUGAAUCGUCGUACUGCUUCCAUAGCAAUAACUGUAUAGUUGAUGUUUAUGGUACUAAUCACUCGUAUACUUAAUAAUGUGCCCGCAGAAGAUUACUUAGAAUGCAUUUUUCGAAUUGAUUCGAGCUCAUAAUAUAAUUUCCCUUGGACAAUAUACACGUAUAGAGAUCCGUUGUCCCAUUACACACUCUUAUCACGGGAUGUCUUCACUAUCGAAUACUAGUACAAAAAAAAAAAGAGCGCGCGGGCUCGUUCGUCGAGCGUGAAUUGUAGUGUGCGAACUGUAGUUUGAAAUCCGUAUUGAUGCUGAAUUUGUAAUACGUUCGUGAGAGUGCGCAGAUUUAGCGUUGACUCUGAAUACCGAUCUCGUCUCACCUAAACUGCUAACUCUGACAAACGUUCCACUAUCUUACUAUCUAGAAUUAUUAUUCCUCGAAUACCAGACACUCAGUAUGUAAGCAGUUCAAUGGUAGAUAAGAUACAUUCAAAAUAAAAUAUAAAGUAUCCUAAGCAGCGGAGAGAUUUGUUAAUGCCCGAAUUACGAGAAUGCCGGUAUACAAAUUAGAGGAGAGAGGUGUUCUUUCAGUGAGGGAUCGUUUACCGUUGUAACAAUUAGAAUAGAUAGAUUUAAUGUGAGCUAGUUACAGAGAAAACAGACAUAUUAUAUUAUUAUUUAAAUGUUGCAGUGAUAUAUUCUAACAUUCGUUGCACAAAGAUUAUAUAUUCGUCGAUUUCUCAUUAUUUAUCAAAGAAAUUAAUCAUAUCUUAAAUAAAUUUCUGAUAAUAUUAAUCUACUACUUUACAGGCCAUAGUACAUAAAAAAAAGUCUCACGAGAAUAGGACGAGGUCGGGAACGUCCGACUGUAAUUAAUCGAUUGGACUUGUGACUUUAGUUGUAUCGCAUUAAUUUUUUUAUGUACUAUAGUCUUCUGAAACCCAGCAAACACUAUUUAUAAAGCAAAUUUUUAACUCUCUCUUUCUAGCCCAUAUUUAUUCUAAUUAAAUCAAAUUUCUUACUGAAAUAGAGGAUAAAAAAACUUCUGUUUCCCAUAUUGUUUCCAUUAUUAUGAUUAACAAUAUAUUGUAUAAGUGAUAGCGUACAACAAUUAUAGAAUCGUAGAAUGUACAGAUAUGUCUAAAUUAUAGAUAAAUAUAUAGCUCACAUCUACACAUACGAUAUUAAUUAAUUUCAAAUACACUUUACAAUGCUAGAUAGAUUAUUGUUGGGCUGGAUAGAGAUAAACAAAGUGUAUACAUUUUAAAGUCCUUUUAGAUAUCUGCAAAUAGAGAUAUAACAGAAACCUUUUACUAUAUAUUUAAUCGAUUUUUGUAUACUGACGUAUCAUUUUUAAAAAUCAUUAAUUAGAUGAGAAUGAAAAAGAAAGAGAUUUAUUUCAUAUAGCUGUUUCGAGGUCAAUUUUGCCAAUAGAUGUUCCUCUCUCUCUCUCUCUCUCUCUCUCUCUCUCUCUGUUUUUCUCUUUUAGAAUUAUAUCUUGUCUUCUUUAAAAAGGCUUUGAUAUAAUUGCAUAUAAUUUUUUGAUUCGUGCAAGUAGCGUGCUAUUAAAUUUAUUAAUAUGAACGAAAGAAGUCUAUCUUUAAGCGACGAAACACCUAAUGCUCUCAAUUUAUACUAUUAACUAUUAACGAUCUAGUAGAAUUUUUAUUUUUCAACAGAUAGGCGGUAUAGGAAUCAUCUUAUAAUUGUAAGAGUACUGCCUCGGCUACAGACUGUAUCUUGGCUCCAAUUUAAUAAAUGAGUUUUACUCGAA